GAACCGUUACACCCCUACAAGAAACAAAUUGGACCAAACGUUUGAUGUCAAAGUGCUGCAGAUGCAUUUUGGUCUGCAGCAAAGAAACCAUCGAUGCUUCAUACUUACUGACGUGUAAUCUAUUUCUGUUUCAGGAAAAGGCUCAGCAGGGAACGGGUGCUGCAGGCAGUGACCCCAACUCCGACCCCUCUGAUCCUGCCGACGACGAGCCCCUCGCUGACGGCUCAGAAGCCAGUCGGCUGCUGGAUUGGCCUCAGCUGGAGCUCGAGCGUGUCAACAGUUUCCUCACCAGUCGGCUGGAGGAGAUUAAGAACACCAUCAAAGACUCAAUCCGGGCCUCAUUUAGCAUGUACGACCUCAAUCUGGAUGUUAAUGACUUCCCAAAGAAGGCCGCCACGCUGGAGGGCAACCAUUUACUGUCCCAUCUCAAUGGUUCCUCUGACCUGCAGCAGAUAGACCUGGACUUGGCACCUCUCUCACUGGGAAACUUUAAGAGCCACCUGGACCUGGUUAAUGGAUGGGAGGACACGACUACGGUCUCAUCCGCUAGUACAGCCCCCAACACCACCACGGCCUCAGGGGUCCCUCCUGGGUCCAAGGACAUCCAGCGGUUGCACACUACCCCCAGUCUUUCGAAGCUCAUAAGGGUUCGCUCCCCAGAAAGAUGCACUUCCACUGGACCUGACAGUUUGCUGCAGGUGCCAGCCCAAACCACAGCUAAAUCGAAUGAGGACGCCCCCGAUCCCAAGAACACGACGGUUGGGAACGGGAGUGCAAAGUCAAAGAAGAAUAAAAAGCAGCAGCAGCAGCAGCAGCAGCAGCAAAGACAGGAGCAAUCUGUGUCCGAGCAAAACACCAACAAACCAACCAAAGCUGCCUCUGGGAAUGACACACAGAAAAGCAAUGAGUGCAAAGAAUCGGCUUCUAACGGCACAAAAGGUGGGAACAGACAGCCCCAGCACUCUGCGGAGAACCAGAGGAACGGGCCAAAGAAAGCCGAGGAGGGCAGAUCGUCUAAACACGCAGCAAACGGUGGCGUCUCGAAUGCACACAGAGGGAAAGGCGACCAGGACACACGAGGAGGUCGAUCCGAGCUGGAUUCAGAAAGCAAGACGCACCCCGGCAUUCCAGCGAGUGGGCAGCAGCAGCAGCAGCAGCAGCAGCAGCAGCAGCAGCAGCAGCAGCAGCAGCAGCAGCAGCAGCAGGCCAAGGGGAAGAACAAGAAGAACAAGAACAAGGGUGAAAAAUCCAGCAAUGCUACUGAAGAUGUCUUUCUCCCUAAAGAAGGCGAUCCAACCGAAAUGGAUGAAAUUGAUCGCGAAGUGGAAUAUUUCAAAAGGUUUUGCCUUGAUUCUGCAAAACAAACUCGCCAGAAGGUAGCAGUGAAUUGGUCCAACUUCACCCUCAAAAAGCCAAGGAACCCUGGUUCAAAAUCCUACUCCAUUCAGAGGACUGAAGCAUAACGUGUGGCUGACAGGCCAGGGAUCAUUCUCCAGGCCAACUUUACCCGAUGCUAUUAUUGCAAUGUUCACUAAAUGAGAUGCAAAAUUGGUAAAAAAAAAGUCUGUUGAAUCCACUGCAUCCAUGUGCUUACGUAUGUAGUAUGUAAACAAUUACCUUACAUGAAAUAAAUGUUUUUAUCACAAAUCUGAGACAUUUUAACGUUGUUAAACUUCUGAAUUCCAAUUUGGUGCUCAUUAUACAUGUCCUUCUGCACAGCUAGUUUCCCGCUCACUUCAGCAGUCUCAGUAGACACUGCAGACCAUUUGUCUAGUAAUGUAACUGUAUAAGGAGCACAAGACAACAGUUUGACCUUGGUUGUUGAUGAUUUUUAAUUCGAUUGCUUUUCUCAAUAUUUAAUUAUGAUCAUUAAAUGAUUUAAUAAUCAGUGGUUGAAAAUGAUAAACGCUUGAUUACCCAUGAAACUAUGUUUAAGACAUGAAUUGUUUGCGAGUUUAGUUGAUCAACAGUGCUAAAAGAACCUAUUGGAGAACGUACUGUGUGUAACACUUGGCUCGCAGAAGGCAUCUUAUUUAACACAAACCCAAUGAAGAACCCAUGGGACAUGUGCAACAGAAACAUCUGAAUAAUGGUCCCCACUUCUGUAUUUGGCAAAGUUCAAAUGUCUGUUGCUUCAAUGUCAAUCCUCCCCUGGUUUUAAUCUUGAACAAUUGCAUAUUUUAUAGUGAUUUUCAUUAUACACUCCUCCAUCUGUAGAAGAAAGUCCAUUUCCACGGUUUUCUAACUCUUAAACUGUUAUUUUAACCCCUUUAUCCCUUCAGUGACAGGUACACCAGUGUGCAAUGUUCAUGUUAACGUUGGAACCAUCACACAUUGUAUGACACAGUCAAUUUCAAUGCUUGUAAAUAUUGAGUGAUUAUUUUGGGCCCUUUUGAGCCUUUGUCAUGCGUUUCUGGGGGUUGUGCUUGACAUAUAUUCAACCAUCCUACUCUUUCCCUUUACUGUGACCUUGGUGGCAUCCUGUACCUCAGCUAGCCUAUCUUAAGUUGAAGUCUCGAUAAUCUUUUGAUGAUAAACGUCACUGAAGAGUUGAUACCUUUGAGACAAGGGCCUUGAGAUUUUCACCAUUAACCCAUGUUUUUAGGUGACGGCUUUCAUUGAGGCGGAUAAGUUAUUUCCUGAAUCUGUGCUGAGAUUUUGUUUUCAUAUAACAACAUUGAUGCUUUCAAGGUUAUAUUCAAUUAGAGAAGAUUAUCUUAAUGUUUCGAAUGUAGAUUUAUACUAUAUCAAUAAUAGCCAAGUGUAUGUUGGCUUGUUUCUUUUUUUUUAAUUCACUUUUGAUACUGUGAAAAAUCUUUCGUUCAGAAAGAUUAAAAACAAUACAGUUUUGACAAAA